UGUAAAUGUGUGCAUUCUGCAGGUCCGUUGCACAGAACAUCACAUCUGGAGCUUGGAAUUACACUCUGACUAUCGAGGCCUACACUGAUGCCGGCCGCACACAACUUGUGGAGUGGAACAAUGAAUUGCAGUUAAACGAGAAAAUCUGGAUGGUGUUGAAGACCGAUGGCUUGGAUGGAAGCAUGGUCAGUGUGGUGACCGACUCCUGCUGGGCAACUGACAAGGCAUCACCCACCAGCAGUCCAAGACAUGAUCUGAUCAUUAACGGCUGUGCAAACCCUGCUGACCCGACGGUGCAGAUGGAGGAAAACGGACUGGCAACCUCCACUUACUUCUCCUUCAACAUGUUCCGGUUCACUGGGGGCUCUAGUGACAUCUUCCUUCACUGCCAACUCCACCUGUGUCCCAAACAGGGGAACAACUGCAUCCCG